AUGCUUUAUUCAACACGCCGUCUUGCUUCGGCUGCUGGCAAGGCAAUUCAUUUCGGUGGUGAGGCAAGAGAACGCAUGCUAAAUGGUAUUGAGCGUAUCGCUACUGCCGUUGGCGUAACGUUGGGCCCGAAGGGACGAAAUGUCAUUAUUCGGCAGCCCUCAGGCGAGCCGAAGAUAACCAAAGACGGUGUAACGGUUGCCCAAUCCAUUGAGUUCAAUGAUCAAUUCGAGGAUGUGGGCGCCCGACUUAUUCGACAAGUGGCGGGAAAGACGAAUGAUAUUGCGGGGGAUGGUACCACAACCGCAACAAUACUUGCAUGGAGCAUUUUUGCAGAGGGUUACAAAUGUGUUGCGACGGGUGCCAACCCAAUGGAUCUGAAACGUGGCAUAGAUAUUGCUGUCGAUGUCCUCCUCAAGAGCUUAAGUGAACAGAAGCGCCCAGUAAAGGAUUUGCAGAUGCUUGAGAACGUGGCGACAAUCAGCGCUAAUGGUGAACGUUCUCUGGGAGCUUUGAUUGCCAGAGUCGUGCAGUCGGUAGGGGUAAAUGGUUACAUUGCCGUGUUGAGUGGAAAUGGCAGUGCAACUGAGUGGAUGCGUUACGAUGGUUGGAGCGUGGAGCAGGGGUUUGUUUCCAGCGCGUUGGUGACAAACACCACUGAACUUAAGAGUAGUCUCGAGAGCCCCUUCAUUUUCAUCACUGCAGAAAAACUUGAAAGCGUUCAUGAUGUACUGCGCUUGCUCGGGGCCGCGAAGAAUUCUGGUAAACCUCUUGUACUUGUCGCCCCGCAGUUUUCUGAAGCAGUGCUGCAAACCGUUAUACACAAUCACGUUAACAAUGUGGUGUUGUGUGGAAUUGUUUGCGCCCCUGAACUUUCAGAGGAGGAGCUCCACGAUCUCGCCACAUGUUGUCAAUGCAGAGUGGAGAAGGUUGGCUCCCUUGGAGUUGUGGAUGAUGUCACCUGUUUGCUAGGACGCGCGGAACGAUGGGAACAAACAAUGGAUAGCACCGUCGUUGCUGGAGUGGCUGACGCGGCACCGCGGGUGCGGUUGUUGCAGGGACGGCUGGAACGGGCCUUAACCGAGGAUGUGAAGGAGAAGUUACGGGAGAGGAUUUCCAAACUAAACCGCACGUUUGCCGUAAUCCGCGUAGGUGGCCGAUCCACCGUGGAGAUCAAUGAGUCGAAAGACCGUGUGAUUGAUGCCGUUAACGCAGCGCGGAAUGCCCUUGCGGAGGGAAUUGUUGCUGGCGGCGGCGCUGCCCUCCUUCACGCGUCAAAGCAGUUAGAUGUACUCAUGAGAGAGGAUGAGGACAUGGAGCAGGAUCGGAGGACUGGGAUAUUAAUCGUGCGCAACGCGGCGCGUCUUCCAAUGAAACGCAUCAGUGAGAAUGCAGGUGAGGAGGGUGCUGUUACUGUUGAAACUGUUGCUGAGUAUGAGGACUGCUGCAUGGGCUAUGAUGCGCAGAAUGACCGCUACGUGGAUAUGUUUGAAGUGGGUAUUGUCGACCCCGUGAAGGUGGUGAACUCUUGCGUAGUGGAUGCCGCCUCAGUAGCAGGGUUGAUGAUUACAACGGAAGCCAGCGUGUGUGAUUUUAAGGAAGAGAGGCGUCAACGGGAUAGUGGUUGA